AAAUAGAUAUUAAAAAUAAAAGUUGUUCAUAUUAUUCAUAUUAUAAUUGUUAUUUUAAAUUGUAAUAUAUUUUGUCAUUAUUGUAAUGUAGUGGUUGGAAUUAGACCACAAAAUCCCAUCAGAGUUUCUGUACUGACGAAUAAGAGGAGGAAACAAACUAAAACUACAUGUGAAGGGAGUAGUCAGAUUCCAGAAAUAAUUGAUUUAACAGAUGACGAACCAUGUCCCAAAGAAUCUUCUUCAUUUGUGGAUUGUGCAAGCACGAGCACAAAUGAAUGUUAAACUCGAAGUAAAAGAAAUGAUGAAAGAUCAGAAGUCACUGAUUUAACAAAUGAAGAGUCAAAUGACACAGAUUAUCUGUCAGAUUUGGUUGCUACGGAAGAAGAACUAUCAUUUGAUGGGCAGUUUGAUACCGGCUGAAGGUACUACACCAAAGUUUGCUCAACUGUAUAUUUACGAUACAGAAAACGAAGUUGCUAAUAGGAUGCAGUCUGUGAGGCAAAAAAGUGAUAAAAACAAUUUACAUGCUGAAAUUGUUUCUGAUUUGAAGAUAAUGUUGGAUGAAAAUAAUGUGUUAGUGAAGACAUUUAGAAUGGCAAAAGAGAAGAUUAUUGAUCAAGGUCAAUCUGAUGUCAAGAUAAAGCUUAUUGGUAGACGACAUGGUGAUGCUCGAACAUAUAAUCUACCAACCGUAUCUGAAGUGGCUGCUUUAGUAGUUGGUGAUUUUGAUGAAUCGAUGGGGGAUAGAGAUUUAAUUGUUGAAACACAAACCGGAGAACUCAAACGCAUUAAUGAAUUACAUGCAGCGUAUCUUGGUUUGCAGUAUCCAUUGUUAUUCCCAUAUGGUGAAGAUGGAUUUCGUGAAGAUAUUCCUUUAAAUGUGCCGGGAAGUUCAAGUGGUAAUAAUGCUCGCAGUAAUGUUACUAUGAAAGAUUAA